UGGAGAGGAGAAGAGAAAGGCUUGGCCGCAUAGAGGGAGGCGCCUUUCGCGCUCUCCUGAAACCAAAGCCUUUGAAUUGUUUUUUUUUUGUUCACUUCAGGCAAAGAGGAGAUAACCUGAAAAGUUGGACGCUUGAAAAUGAUGUGCAUUUAAAGGACAUCAUUGAGUGGAUUUUCACCGCCAAGACAUGCUCCACAGCCGACCAGGAGCACGCUGGGGGAAAGGGUCUGACCUCUCCGGCGUGCGCUCAGACUGGACUUAUACGCAUGGGAUAAUCGGUGGAACAAGAUGGAGGACGAGGAGGAGAGACAGACCCGGGGUUACCGCAAUGCCGUCAGCAGGCGCCCCUUACCACCUGAGUAACUGGAAGGUGGUGCUGUGGGUGGUGGUCUCUUUGCUGCCCCUGGUGGAGGGGGCCCGUAUGGGCACUGGUUUGGGGGCAGACUCUGUCCAGGCUUUGGGAUGGGUGGGAGGGAUGUGGGAGAGGCAGCUCCCAGACACUCUACCUGAGGUGGAUGAGCAACAAGAGGGGGAGAGUGACCCGUACUCCCCCUGGCAUGGCCUCUCCGACCCCUCUGUGAUGGACGAAGAGGAUGACCACCCCAGUGGCCGGUGGGUGGGCCGUUCUCCCCGCAACUCUGACCCCUCAGACGCCGAACCAACAGGAUUGGCCAAGAAAAAGAAGAAGAGGAGGAAGAAAGAGAAAGAGAGGGACAGAAAGGGCAAAGGAAAGGGAAAGGGCAGGCAGCCCCAGCAGAGCAGCCCAGACUGCAGGGUGGAGAAACGAGAGAUGCGGGUGCGGGACUUGGGCCUGGGCUUCGACUCAGACGAGAUCAUCCUCUUCAAGUUUUGCGUGGGCUCCUGCCAGUCGUCCAGGACCAACUACGACCUGGCUCUAUGGUCCCUGAUGGAGAACGGGUCCCUGCCGCGGAGGACCUCCCGGCGGGUCAGUGCCCACCCCUGCUGCCGGCCUGACCGCUACGAGCCAGUGUCCUUCAUGGACGCCCACACCACGUGGCAGACCAUCCAGUCACUGUCGGCGGCCAGCUGCAUGUGUAUGGGCUGAGGGAGCCAGCCAAGAGGAUGAAUAGGGCAGGGUGGCAACUGUCUGUCACUCACGCCUGCCUGAUUAUAUACAGAUGGUGGCUCGCCGUUGUGUUUGGGUCUAGGGAGAGGUUCUGCGAGGGCAGAAGUAGUCGCUCCGAAACAUAUGCAACAAGGGCUGGUCCCCAGUACAAAGCAGGAUGGAGAUUCUGUAGAGUGUCUAUGAUGGUGGAGUGAGGCCACGCCUCUUCCUGUUGUACAUUUUCUGUUGAGGAUAAAGUGGAUUCGGUUGCAAUGAGAGACUGUCAUGACCGAAUGGCAAGACAGUCUCUGGGAACAGUUUUUAACAAGAUGGUGACCACACAAUGGUAGGAUCUUAAUAUUCACAGCAGUUGGGAUAUGUAUGAGACUGACCUGGAGUACUGAUUAAAAUAUUGACUCAAAGGUCAAAAAGAGGACCAUAUCUCAUUGCAUUUGACCACAAGUAGACAGGCUCAAAACAGGGAUUUUCCGUAACUUCAUUUUUUCAAUGUUCUCUUGAAUUGUACGAAACGGAUGCCAUGCAUCUCUUUGCAUUACUGCAUUAUAGUCAACAUAUUUAUUACAGAUAAGUUAUUUAUUUAUUGUCAUUUCAUAUGAGGUCGUUUUUAUGGACUGUAGAUUUAUAUUUAUUGUCAUGAUCACAUAUCCCGGGGGGUUUGUGUUGCUGGAUCCUUAGACUUUGAAUUGUGUUUGAUUUAAUGGGGGUUUUGAAACAUCAAAAAGAUCAGAACAAGUGGGCAAGGAACUCAACAUGCAGUAUGUCUCAUUUCACGCAAAGGAAGGAAAUAGUCUUGUGGCUGAAAACCUAACAAGGUUACAAGCUUAGUUUCGUUUUUUCAUUGUUGUUUCAGUAUUUCAGAGCAAUUACAGUCAAUAUUACUAUUGAAAUGGUUUCCUUUAUUUUUGUACAACAAUGACAUUAUUCUGCGUAGGAAUAAAGUAUUUCUAGAUAUA